AUGGGAAGGGUUCCAGAUCUAAGUGAAAACCUGUCAGUGCGAAUUCUGAAAGAUGCUGAAGCACGAGGAUAUGGGGUACAAGCAUCUAUUGUCUACAACAUUGAACACAUCCUCGGCGUGGCUCGUGCUGCCGAACAAAAACAAUCACCUCUAAUCAUCCAGCUCUUCCCAUGGGCAAUCACUUUCUCGGACGGCCUUCUAGUACGGACAGCUGCCGAUGCAGCAUCUCGAUCUUCGGUGCCCAUUGCAAUCCACUUGGACCACUGCCCUUCGGAAGCGAUCUUACGACUUGCAGCUGAGACGCUCCCUUUCGACUCCAUCAUGAUAGAUAUGUCGCAUCACGGAAAGGCAGAAAACCUUCGAAAGACAAAGGAAUACGUCACUUUAUGCCACCGUCAGGGUAUCGCGACUGAAGCGGAGCCUGGUCGACUGGAAGGCGGCGAGGACGGCGUCGCUGACACUAUUGAUAUGGACGGCGUUUUGACGACGCCGGAUGAAGUCGAUGAAUUCGUUGCUACGGGCGUGGACUUCCUCGCGCCAGCAUUUGGGAAUCUUCAUGGAGAAGAUGGUUACACGAACGCGAGACUAGACUUUCCAAGGUUACAAGCAAUCAAAGAACGAGCCAAAGGUCGAGUCUGUCUGGUUCUUCACGGGACCAAUGGCUAUCCUCCUGAGCUACUACAAAAGUGCACCAAGGCAGGGAUCAGCAAGAUCAACGUCAAUAAGCUGGUUCUGGACGACUCCACAAGACAUGUUCAAUCGAAAGCCGCCCUGGUACCGUUGACCAAGUUCAUGGAAGAGGCAGUAGAGCAAGUUGCGAGAUUACAGGGAGAGCAGAUGGAUAUUUGCGGUUCAUCGGGAAAGGCAAGCGGCAUUCUGAUACACAAGGGACAAAGUAGGGCGUGA